AUGCUUGAGGUACUUUGCUGUCCCCUCUGCGAUUAUACUACCGACAUCUCUGUGCCAAAUAUCGACCACAUUGCUGAGCAUCUUCAUGAAUUUGCCCUGAGGUGUCUUCCCUGGGCCACUGGCGGUAAUGAUGGGGAUUCGGGUAAAACGGAGCUUGCGGAAGGCUCCAACUCAAAUUUGAUUACUAAUGAGGAUGUGGAGGAUGAGAUGCCUCCCGUGGAACGUUUUCAUCAGCCGAGUUUUCAGCAAGGUUUCGCUGAGGCGAGACAAAUCAUGGCUGAAGUGACAGAAUUAUUAACCGUUAGCUCUCUCCGGCACGAGCCCGACUCGACGGUAGAACGGCUACACAAAGAAGCGAAGGUCUUAAGCUGUUUUCAAAGUUCCGUAAUCCGAAAGAUUGGGUUCGUUGGCGAUUCUGGAGUUGGCAAAAGUAGUAUAAUCAGCUCCAUUCUUGAUGUGAAGGGCCUCGUCCCAACUAGCAACAGCGGAGCUGUGUGUACCUGUAUUGUCACAGAAUAUCACUACCAUAAUAGGGACAAUUUUGUCAUUGAGACAGAGUUGCUCAGUAUGGACGAGGUCAUGGAGCAAAUAACCGAAUUACUCCAGUCUUAUCGCCACUAUCAUUUCUACGGCGCGGGCAUGUAUCCAGAAGAAAAGAAAGACUUUGGAGAUCGAGCGAAAAUAGCCCAAGAUACUUUCCAGGCAAUGUUCAGGGGUCGGCUUGACGGCGAGCAGUUCCUCAUCGACCAGCCAGAAGAUUCCGUGCUAGCAAUCCUGCAGUCCUGGACGCAGGAUAUGGGCCUUUCAGCGAUUGGCGGAAGGGAAGUCACAUCCACUCUAGCAGAUUGCUCUGCUCGCUUGAUGAGGUACACUUUGGGGCAGGCUUCAUCCCAAGAGCCAGCAAUCUGGCCCUAUGUCCGAAAGAUCAAGGUAUUCCUGAAGACACCUGCCCUAAGCAAAGGUCUCGUGCUUGUCGAUUUUCCUGGACUUCGUGAUUUGAACUCUGCACGACAAAACAUUACCGAGCGUUACCUGCUUCAGUGCGAUAAGAUAUUUGCUGUCUGCUACAUUGGCCGAGCAACUACAGAUGCCGGACUCAUGAACGUGUUUGAGCUUGCUAGACAAGCUAUGUUAUCGAAUGUAGCUAUCAUUUGUACGAAGUCUGAUGAUAUUCGAGCUGAAGAAGCCAAGAAUGACUGGAAAGGCCAAAGAGCGAAAGAUAUUCAAAUUCUAAUUGACGUGGUAACUAAGUGUCGAGAAGACUUCAAUGAAGUUGAGACACAGUUAGCAGAAUAUGAUGAUGAUGUCUUAUCAGAAGGUGGAGAUGAUCCCAAGCGAGUCCAAGACCUUUAUCGAAGAUCUAGAAAAGCCAGGAAGCUGAUAGAUGAUCAUCAAUACAAACUAAAAGAGUACCUCGUCCAGGCUCGUAACGCAAGAGUUACGGCAGAGCUCCACGAUCUCUACCGGAGCAGAGUCCCUGAUGGUAGGCUGGAAGUGUUUUGUGUCAGUAAUACGGACUACUGGGAGCAUCGAGAUCAACCGAAGGACAGUGCCCUUCCUCUCAUCUCCUUGAGUGGGAUUAUCGAACUCCGGAGGCACUGUGUCUCUUUAUUGGAAGAUGAUCAACUUCGCAUUGCUAUGAAGUAUAUCCGAGACGAUAUUCCGGCCAUCCUCUGUGAUAUUGCGCUGUGGGUCCGAUCUAGUACAGAAAGUAUAAACACAGAGCGAAUGGAGACUGUUCGUGAGACUCUUGAUGCGCUCGAGGCCCGACUGAGGAGGGACUUGAAUGAAAAUUUCUCUCAAGUUAAUAGCAUUGAAACAUCAAUGAUGGAGGAGUUCCACAUACAACUAUAUAAAAGACAACAUAUCCACAACUGGAGUGAAGGAGCGAUAGAGGCGGGCUUGGAGUGGUCUAUGUUUCAUCAUUGUGGGCGCCUAAUAUCCAACCUACUCUCAACUUAUGCUGCUUUUUGUCGUAAUUACGGCCAUUAUGCUACCGCGACGGUCGGGAGCCACAACUGGAACGAAGAAGCAAUAGAAAGAAUGAUCAGAGAUCUAACUUCCCCAUGGCAGAGAUUGCGCACAACACUCCAGAACCAACAUGGAAGCAUCGCAAGAUCAAUUGAGGAUCUGAUGGAUUUGGCAAUUCAAUAUCUAGAUACCGAGUUGCAAGAUUUCCCGGAUUUGACUGCUAUUCUUAGCCAAGUAUUGACAUCGCGUCAACACCUUCUUCUUUGGGAUGUCGAGGAAAAGUGCAAAACUUUCGAAUACAAUCUUUCCGCACUGAGAACAGACGCGCUCUCCGGUAUCCGUACCUCUUUUAUUGGACGAGCCAUGGAGAGUUCCUACCGCGCUUGCAAUUCAGAGUCUGGUAAUGAUCUUCGACGAAAACGGAUCAUCAAUGAUAAACUCAAGGAAGAGAGCCUUUUCGAAGACCUGAUGGAGAAUUUUAGGAAAAGCUUCAGUCAUCUGGCUAAUAAUCUUCAAAGGAGCAUAGAAGCCGCAAUUGAGACACAUCUUGACAUCGUCCAGAGGACGCUAGACAUUGUAAAGAGCGAAAAUGUUGCACCAGAGCGCGAGCAAGACCCAGACUUUCGCGGCCGUGUGGAAGCCGAGAUUAAAACGGCGCGGGAGAAAAUUCGACAAAUUCAGGCUACGGUUGGCACCUAA